AUGAGUCUCCAAGAAACUCCCUCAAAGACUGCUGCCUCUGGCAUCGAAAAUAUGAAGAUGGAGUCACCCGUCAAGAAGAUUAGCUUUGCAGGAAAAGAGAACUCAGCAUUUGAUGCUGACGCGCCAAUUGUUGAAGAAGUCAAGAAGCCAAUUGUCGAAGAGCAAAAGGUUGUUGCAGUUGCUCCAGGAAUCAAGCCAGAAGAAGCAGAUGAGCCUCUUCUCCAAGAAAACCCAAACCGUUUCGUCCUCUUCCCCAUUAAGUACCAUGAGAUCUGGCAAAUGUACAAGAAGGCAGAGGCAUCUUUCUGGACCGCAGAAGAGAUUGAUUUGUCAAAGGAUCUUCACGACUGGAAUGAGAGACUCAAUGACGACGAGCGUUACUUCAUUUCCCACGUCCUCGCAUUCUUCGCAGCAUCCGAUGGAAUUGUUAACGAGAACUUGGUUGAGAGAUUCAGUGGUGAAGUUCAAAUCCCAGAGGCUAGAUGCUUCUAUGGUUUCCAAAUCAUGAUGGAGAACAUCCACUCCGAAACAUACUCCCUUCUCAUCGACACAUAUAUCAAGGAGCAAUCCCAAAAGACAUAUCUUUUCAACGCUAUUGAGACCAUUCCUUGUAUCAAGAAGAAGGCCGACUGGGCUGUCAAGUGGAUUCAAGACAAGAACUCCACCUUUGCUCAACGUCUCGUCGCUUUCGCUGCUGUUGAGGGUAUCUUCUUCUCCGGAUCUUUCGCUUCCAUCUUUUGGCUCAAGAAGCGUGGUCUCAUGGCCGGUCUCACCUUCUCCAACGAACUCAUCUCCCGUGAUGAAGGUCUUCACACCGAUUUCGCAUGCCUCCUUUUCUCCCAUCUUAAGCACCGCCCAUCCAAGCAAGCCGUUCAAGACGUCAUCACCGAAGCUGUCGAGAUUGAACAAGAGUUCUUGACCGAGGCUCUUCCUUGUGCUCUCUUGGGAAUGAACUCCAACCUCAUGAAGCAAUACAUCGAGUUCGUUGCUGACCGUCUUCUCCUUUCUUUGGGUAACGACAAGUACUACAAAUCUGCCAACCCAUUCGACUUCAUGGAGAACAUCUCCUUGGCUGGAAAGACCAACUUCUUCGAGAAGAGAGUUGGUGAUUACCAAAAGGCUGGUGUUAUGGCCGGUACUCAAAAGAAACACGAGGAUACUGAGGCACAAACUGAGGCCAAGGCAGAGAAUGGAGGUGACUUCAACUUUGACGAAGACUUCUAG